CUCACAUUGGUUGGCCUUGGAAUGUCGAAUAAAUGGUAGAGGGGAUUUGAUUGAGAUGGAGAUCGCUUUUUCCGAGGAGCUUUUAAGGAUAUACUACAGAAGACUUUUCCCAUGUGAUUUGUUCUCUCAGUGGCUUACGUAUGGGUCACGGAGUAACGGACUUUCUAGAAGAGAGUUCAGUUUUACAUUAAACGGCGAUAUCUAUUUGCGAUAUCAGAGUUUCGAUUCUGCAUCAGAUCUCAAGAAAGAAUUAGUGAAACUUUGCCCUAUUAAGAUAGAUAUAGGAGCAGUAUAUUCAAAUGCACCGAAGCUCCACCGUUCCGUCUUGUCAUCCUCCUUCAAGCCUGAAUGGAAAGAAUUGGUUUUUGAUAUUGAUUUAACUGACUAUGAUGAAGUCCGAUAUUGUUGUGGUGAACAAAGUACAUCCGGAUCUUCUAUUUGUCCUCGGUGUUGGCCACUUGCACGCUGUGCAGUUCUUUGUAUUGAUCGGGCUCUAAGAGAAGAUUUUGGUUUUCAGCACUUAUUAUGGGUCUAUUCUGGUCGUCGUGGAGUACAUUGCUGGGUGUGUGAUGAUUCUGCUCGGCAUUUGGAUCAAACCUCACGCAUGGCAAUUGUGGAAUAUUUGACUCUGGUUCGAGGUGGUAAUGCUAGAAAACCUCUACUUACUGCUGGUAACUAUUCAAAGUCGCACGAUUCACAGUCAUCUGGAAGUAUUGAACCUCUGCUUCACCCCUGCGUAGAUGCAGCUUGUAAUAUCUUGAUGCCUCGAUUUACUACCUACUGUAGUACAAUAAAUGGUCAAAAUCUGUUCGGGAACCAAAAGCGAUUACUUAAGCUACUAUCAUUUUUACCUGUUGAACUAAAAGAUUUUCGUGAACGCCUUUCUAGUGAAUGGUCAAAUGAUAUUCAAGAUGAUAAAGGGGAAAUUUCUACAAAAAGAUGGAAUACGUUGAAGAAGUUUUUAAAAGAAAAUGGUCGUACAAAUGUUUUGAAAGAGGUAGUCUUAAAUUAUACUUAUCCAAGGUUGGACGUUAAUGUAUCCACAGGUAUAAACCAUUUACUGAAAAGUCCUUUUUGUGUACAUCCAAAAACGGGUCACAUUUGUGUCCCAUUCGAUCCACAGGAUGUCGACAAACUUGAUCCAUUUAAUGUACCGACGUUAAAUGAACUAGUGGAACAGUUAUCUUCUAGUUCAAUCGUUGAAAAGGAUUCUGGCAGUAAUAAUAAGGAUGAUGAGAAUGUUGUAUCAAGUGAUAAAUAUCUGCUGGCGUUUAAGAAUACUUCUUUAAGACCUGCUAUAGAAUAUUUUGAAGCUUUUGUAAAUCGUAUUUCACAAGCUGAACGUUUAUGUAAUAAAACUGACAAUUCUGAAGAUAAUUCAGGUGUACUCGCUGCUAUUCCUGUAUUCUAAAGAGUUCUGUGUGUAUUUUUGUGUUCUCUCUUUUUUAAAAAUGAAUUUAGUCUUUUUCUGUCAAUCACAUUUUAAAUAGAUUCACUUUAUUUCUUCAAGGCUUAUUCAAAAGUAUUUAUGGUCGGUAUCUCUUGUUAAAAUAUCUUUCUGUUC